AUGAAUUAUGCAAUUUCAUUAGCCAGGGACUAUGAUGCCAAUAUGGAGGUUUUAAAAGCACUAAGUGGAAUCAACGUGGGUGUAACCAUUGGGGUUCCAAACGAGGCAAUUGCCCAUGUAGCAUCCAGCCAGGAAGCAGCUGACAAAUGUUUCGAGACCACAUUCUUAAUGUUCACAUAUGUGUUCGGUUCCGAUAUAUUUUUGUUGGCAAUAACGCAAUUCCUGGUGUCGUUCAAUCCGUUGUACAACCAGCAAUUGGUAUUUGGUAACCUCUACAAUUCAGUAAGGAAGACGGCGGUUGGGGAUAAAGUUCGAGGGAGCUCCUCUCCUCCCUCAGGUGGUCAAUUUGCAAAUGGGGCGGACAAAAUUAUGAAUAACCUCACCGUUAUUUGUACAGUAUAG